AUGGGUUUCCUCUCUGUGCUCCUUGACAUUGUGCUGUCCUUCAUCUCUGUGCUCACUGUAGCUCUCAACCUGCUCGUCAUCAUUUCAAUCUCCCACUUCAGGCAGCUCCACACACCCACUAACAUCCUCCUCCUCUCUCUGGCUGUCUCAGACUUUCUCGUGGGCCUCCUGGUGACACCAAGAGAAAUCUUAACAAACACAACCUGUUGGUUUCUUGGUGAUCUGAUGUGUUCUCUGUAUAAUUAUGUGACUGUCGUUAUUACCUGUGCUUCAAUAGGAGACAUGGUGCUCAUAUCAGCUGACCGUUAUGUGGCUAUUUGUGACCCUCUGCAUUACACCACCAGAGUCACUGGCAGAAGAGUUAAACUCUGUGUUUGUCUGUGUUGGCUCUGUUCUGUUUUCUACAACAGUCUCUUUGUAAAGGACGACCUGACUCAACCAGACAAACAUAGUUCCUGUUAUGGAGAAUGUGCAUUUUUCAUUGAUCAUGUUGUUGGAACUAUUGACAUUUUCUUGACCUUUAUUUUUCCAGUUACCAUCAUCAUAAUUCUGUACAUGAGCGUAUUUGUGGUGGCUGUGUCUCAGGCUCGUGCCAUGCGCUCUCACAUUACAGCUGUCACUCUCCAGCGUUCAGCUUCUCUAACAACAAAGAAAUCUGAGCUGAAAGCAGCCAGGACUCUUGGUGUUCUUGUAGCAGUGUUUCUAAUAUGUUUCUGUCCAUAUUACUGUGUUUCUCUUGCAGGGGACAACUUGUUCAGCACCUCAUCUGUAUCUAUUGUGAUCUAUCUCUUGCAUUUUAACUCCUGUAUAAACCCUGUGAUCUAUGCCUUGUUUUACCCCUGGUUCAGGAAAGCUGUUAAACUCAUUGUCACUCUUCAGAUACUGCAGCCUGGCUCCUGUGAGGCCAACAUACUGUAG